UUAGGUGGCGUGCGGAUUGGGACGCAGCCUCUGUGUCACAGCGCAUCGCUCGCCAGAGGCGGAGAGUGCCGGUUGUCACGCGCUUGCGCUCGCACUCGGCUCCGCACAGAGAGAGAGACGCGCGCGGGAAGACUCGCUGCAGCAGCUCGCGCUCCCUUUUACUUCACACCGGCCUUCAGCAGCCAAGCGGCCGCCAUGACGUCCCGGAGGUGGUUCCACCCCAACAUCACCGGCAUCGAGGCAGAGCAGCUCCUCCUGACACGAGGCGUCCACGGCAGUUUCUUGGCUCGACCGAGCAAAAGCAACCCAGGAGACUUUACGUUGUCUGUCAGGCGCUACGAUGAAGUCACUCACAUUAAGAUCCAGAAUUCUGGCGAUUAUUACGACCUGUACGGAGGGGAGAAGUUCGCCACUCUGGCUGAGUUGGUGCAGUACUACAUGGAGCAGCACGACCUUCUGCGAGAGAGGAACGGAGACGUUAUCGAGCUUAAAUAUCCUCUCAACUGCAAAGACCCCACUUCUGAGAGGUGGUAUCACGGGCAUCUUUCGGGCCGAGACGCAGAAAAGCUCCUGACAGAGAAAGGCAAGCCAGGCAGCUUUCUGGUGAGGGAGAGUCAGAGCAAACCUGGAGACUUUGUGCUGUCUGUUCUCACUAACGAGGAAAAGCACGAAAAUGUGGACCGCAAGACUAAAGUCACCCACGUCAUGAUACGCUACCAGGAUGUGAAGUAUGACGUGGGUGGAGGGGAGAGGUUUGACACACUAACAGACUUGGUGGAGCACUAUAAAAAGAACCCCAUGGUGGAGAAGAGUGGGAUUGUAGUGCACCUUAAGCAGCCGUUCAAUGCCACACGGAUAAAUGCGGCCAACAUCGAGAACCGGGUGCGAGAGUUAAAUAAAGUCGCAGACAAUUCUGAGAAACCCAAGCAGGGCUUCUGGGAAGAAUUUGAGAUGCUGCAGCAGCAGGAAUGUAAACUCCUGUAUCCCAGAAAAGAAGGCCAGAGAGCCGAGAAUAAGAGCAAAAACAGAUACAAGAACAUUCUACCCUUUGACACCACCAGGGUGACGAUCACGGAAGCGGAUCCCGACGUGCCUGGCUCUGACUACAUUAAUGCCAACUAUAUCAGAAGUGUGCAGGAAGAGGACCGUCAUGUGGACGAAGGCAAAGUGUUCAUUGCUACUCAGGGCUGCCUUCAGAACACAGUUCUGGACUUCUGGAAAAUGGUCUAUCAGGAAAACACUCAUGUUAUUGUCAUGACGACCAAGGAGAUGGAGCGAGGCAGGAAUAAAUGUGUGCGCUACUGGCCAGACACGGGCACAACAAAGGAGUUUGGGAAUGUGUGUGUGAUGAACAUGGAGGAGCAGGCUGCUCAGGACUACAUCCGCAGAAAGCUGGAGGUCACAUGUACAGACCGAAAGGAAGCUCCUCGGUACAUCUGGCACUACCAGUACCUGAGCUGGCCUGAUCACGGCGUGCCCAAUGAACCAGGUGGAGUUCUCAACUUUCUUGAACAGGUCAACCGAACUCAGAACAGCAUUCCAAAUACCGGACCUGUCAUAGUCCACUGCAGCGCAGGGAUCGGAAGAACAGGCACCAUAAUCGUGAUAGACAUCCUUAUCGAUAUCAUAAAUAGACAAGGAUUGGACUGUGAUAUAGACGUCCCAAAGACCAUCCAGCGAGUGCGUCAGCAGCGAUCCGGCAUGGUCCAGACCGAAGCCCAGUAUAAGUUCAUCUACAUGGCUGUACAGCAGCAUAUUGACACAGCACAGAAGAGGCUGGAGGAAGAGCAGAGGAAUAAGACGAAGGAAAGAGAGUACUCCAAUAUCAAAUACACUCAGAUGACAAAUACUAGGCCUUUGCCCAACUCCUCUCGCUCAUCGUCUGUAAUGAAUGAUGACACAUCCAGUGUAUACGAGAACGUACACAUCAAAAACCCAAAGAGCCCCGUCUGCACAAACUCCAGGAGAUAGGACUCGGGGCUGCUGCCUCACACUCUCUCUAUUAGAGGUGCUAUGUGCAGGCACUUGGCUGUGAUGUGAUUUAGGAGCUUGAGUGGACACACACGUGGUGGAGGUAUGACUGGAGGACCCUGAGAGCUGCACAGCUCCUGCACUCCUUCCUCACCGACUGACUCGCUGUCUAAGUGCCUGAUCCGCCUCAAACAGCCAGAGCACAGCCUCCUCAGUGCUUCUCCCUCCAGUCUGCUAAGCCGGCACAGUUCUACCUACUGUACCUAGCACUCAGCUACUCGAUCACUUCUGAACAAAGACUGUUACACAGGACUAACUCCAGGUUUCUCCAGACUUUGUCCUGUCCACACUCUGUAUGCCUGCUGCCAGACCUUGUGCUGUCCUAUAGACUUCUGUCGCAUUUCACUGGCAGAAGAUCUUGCUGAACUUGCACGCCAAAAAAACAACAACAAAAAAAACCCCAGCUAGAAUCGCAACUCGUUCCAGCUCUCAAGCUACUUUCGAAUGCCGAGAUGUUUCUAAUGUUAUUGUUAGCUAACAGCAAAAAACGGGUGAAUUUUUAAAAUGGUACGUUGCCGUAGAUAGAUUUCUAUGUGCCAAUAAGCAGGCUGCAUUUUUUUGCUUCUGUAAUAGAGUCUGCUGUGAUGCUUUGCAAAGCUUCAUCUUGUACUGAUUAUAUAUGAGGUCACAUAUUGCUUAUUAAUGGGCUCAUAGACCAAUCAGCUUCUGUGUUUCAGCUUUUUCUCUGCAGGCAUGGCCUCAGACGUUUUUUAUAUCUGGUUUUAGUAAGCUUUGGCAGCUCACUGAUUAUUUCUCUUACGGUAUAUCCAUUAUUCAUUUCUACUGACACGUUUUCUCUUCGUUGUGACUGAUAUUUUGUGACAGAUGUCAGAAUCGUUGAGCAGGGUUGAUUUAAAAAAAACGUCAUUUGAUCGUUAUUCCGCCUUCUCAGAGGAAGACCCUAAAACCAUUUUGAUUGAUGUUCAGGGUUUGUGUAUUAUAAAUACGGUGAUAAAUAGGCAUUCAGGGAUUGUAAUCUGUUCAGGGAUUGCACUCUGUGUUUCAUCAGCGGAAGGUCAGGAUACGACUGGAGAUGUGUGUGAGUUAUGACGGGUUUAUGAAAGUCGUGGAGUUCAGGCAGAGAGGACAGGUCAUGCUGGUCAAGUUACAGAUGGUAACAGUCUUCUGUACAGAUUUAAGCAGUCCAGAUGGCCCAAGACUAGGAAUAGGUUUGCCUGUGAAAAAGCAAUUUGUAAAAUGCCAGUAAUCCACACAGGAUGAUUGGACGAAACCAGCAUGACUUGUGAUGUCAAAAGGAGCUGAUCUUCUAGGAGGCGUAUGCUGGCAUGAGGAAGAUUAGACAUGUGCUCCAGAUUCUGAACGCUUAAAAUAACUCAGGUUAUGAUGGGUCGGAUUAAUCACCGUCUACAUCUACGGAAGUGGUUGCAGAGAAGACUAUGUACGGAUGAAGGUGACGUGCCGAGUGAAAGAACUGAGAAGAACCCUGGCUGUGGUUCAGACGAUAUAGUGCCCUCAAGAAUGACAGGCACCUUUCAUAUAAAAUGAAUGUUCCCCAAAAAGAGCUUACUUUCUUUAAUAAUGUCCUGUUUCCAUGGGGUGUAAAUAUGAGAAGUAAAGUUCACUUCUUUUUCAAGCCAAAGAACACAAAAAAACACUCAUGGCUAUUUUCCUGCACAAGUCAAGUCCUAAUUAUAAUAAGUAGUGAUUAAUACCAUUAGCACAAUCUGAAAAGGUUGGAAAUAUGCCAGGAAUUUGAACCGCCAUCUCACAGCGAGGAGUAAGGUGAUAAAUGGGUGAACUAGAGCCCAGAUAUCACAGUUUAACUGGUUUGUGUGAUUGUAAGUAAGUAAGUAAGUAAAUAAAUAAAUAAAUAAGUAAAUCAAAUCAAACCCAAAACCCAAGUUCAUUCGUAACAGCGAGCUAGCCAGAAAGAAGCUCAACAUCAACAUGUGAGAUGUGAAAACGCAUUUAAUCUAAUGCUGCACUAAAAUCUCUCUCUCUCUCUCUCUCUCUCUCUCUCUCUCUCUCUCUCUCUCUCUCUCUCUCACUUCAUCCUUGUUAGACAUUACAGGAAGAGAGUUCUGAAAGUAUAUGAAGUGUUUUGUAGAAACAAAAUGAUGAAGUCAAACAAAGCCCCUCUAUAUUUUGAGCACAACAUAUUUCUAAUUGCAUGUGCAUUUUUUUUUUAAUUGUUAUUUUUGCUCAUUUUCAAAAAGAGUGGCAGUUAUUAUCGAGGGUGCUGUAUUACACUUUCAGUAUUUUUCUGGUUGAAAUGUCAAAAACAGAUAAAAAUAGGUGCUUCUCACUAGUGUAAUAGCCUCAAGUGUAUCUGUUUGUUCUAUUUCUACUGCAUGAUGCACACAGGAAAGUGAAACCUAGUGAACCGUUACUAUAAUCAGACCACCAACCGUUAAGAUAUAGUCAUAAUCUGAGUGUAAAUAAAAUGUACAGAAGUCCUACCCUUGAGGAUCUCACACGAGUGAUGAGCAGCAGCGCAGUUUAGUUCCUCUCAUUAUCUGAGAUUGUACAUGAUUGGCCUUGACGGAAUCUGCAACGACGAAGCACACGAGUAAACAUGACAGGCUGAUGUGUGUUAAACAGCGCUAUCACUGCUGCACUGAAUCAGGAGUUUGCUGUCCUUUUAAUGGCUAAUGGAUGCCAAAUACUGUAUGUCGUACCUACACGUGUGGAGGCUUUAGCCUGUGGGGAAGAUGAAGCUUUAUUGCUAGAAAUGUGCUACAGAUAACCGGACACUGAAAGGAGAAACGAUGUUCAAGCUUAUUAACCAGCUUAUUACCACUGUUGGAAAGAAAGAAUUUUAUUUAUGAAUUCUCUUUUGUACAAGGAUGCUUGUUUGUCUCUUCUUGAUAUUUGUUGUGUUCACUGUGAAAAUGGCAAAGGGGUCAAAUCUUUGGUGUUUUGCUGAGACUUCAAUACUUGAAAUUGUGUUCUAGCUGCCGGCAAGUGUGAGAACGUUCUGUGGAUGUUAACAUGUAGAUAACAUUUUGCUAUGAUGUUGUUUUGUCAUCACUGAUGAGUUUUAGAUUCUAGAUUUGAUUUAUUACCGAUUUAUUAUUUAGUAACACACGUGAAUUGAUGAGUAAUACAUGUGAUAUGAUGAUGAACUGUUGACCGGAUGCUUUUGUAAAUUGUUUUAGAAUUCAUUGGCAAAAUUAUUAUUAUUAUUAUUAUUAUUAUUAUUAUUAUUAUUGUUGUUGUUGUUGUUAUUAUUGUUAUUAUUAUUAUUAUUAUUAUUUGGACAGGGCAAUGUUAAUAAUCCUAAGGUAUGCAAAACAUUGCUAUUGUACAUUUUUAAAUUAGUUUCUUUCAAUGUUUGUUUUUCUUUUUUGAAUCACAGGUUUAAUGGUAUGCUGUCUGUCCCUGUGUGAAUACUGUUUUUCCUCUUGCACUGGCUAAACCUGAACGCCUUCUUUUCUGAUAACCACAGCUGAUGCGAUGACUAUCUUAACUGAUAACAAAUAAAUCAAUAGAAUAUUUAAACUUAA